UUGGGGAAGGUGCAGCGGUGAUAGCCGCAGUCAGACACUAAUGUGGUUUUUCAACAUGGCAGUGUUGCAAUUGUUUAUAAAAGUGUUUUACAUUGUACAGUCAAUUAGUGAGAGAGAAACCCAAAUAUCACCGUUAUUUGUAUAUAUCCACUGUUCGACAUGAAUGGCAGCAACGUUGGUUAAUUAAUAAUGCAGGGGUGGCUUCGGGAUGAAGUUGGUGAAGAGCAUAGAGAUAGAGGACUUAUAUUUGUAUAUAUUUACUUUUUGUACAUAUACUUUAAAAUGGCAGAAGCAUGGUGGAAGCCCUCAAUGUAGGCCGUCAUUGUAAAUAAAACAAAAAUGGGGCUGACAAUGCCAAAGCGUCCCUUUGGCCACUAGAGGACUCUAUUAUUAUCUAUGGUGAAGAGCAACUGCAAAAACUUGCAGUUGAAUGCAGUCCAAACGUCAUGACCUUUGAACGUAUUAUUUUUGUGAAAUUCAUGUUGUCCACAUGUAGGCGCAAAUCGGACAAUUUUUUAACCACAUAAUAUAAUGCAAUGCAUUUUGAAAGUCGACUUGACAAAAGUGAUCCUCUGAACGUACCCAUGAACAGGAUAGCAAUCUGCAGAGAGGAGAAAUCAAUCAUUGCUCAUUGUGUUUCGGGCUCUGCUGUUCAGUCAUAGCUCAAUGUGUUCAGGCUCUGCUGUUCUCAUGUAGUGCACUGGAUAAAGUUUGCACGGUCCGGAAUGCGCGAGACCAAAUUCGUCUAUUGGUUGGGUCAACAAUAGUUAUCGUUGUAUUGAGUUUUAGGCACCACCAGCAUCACUAGUACCACGCAAACGAGGAAACCGAAGUUACGACGGGCUUGUUUGUCUGCAUUCUGCAGGGAAUGUUUCCCAAGGAGAGACCCACUUUCUACCGACAGGAUCUCAACAAGACGAUAUGGGAGGUCCCGGAGCGGUACCAGACCCUGUCACCGGUCGGCUCGGGAGCCUACGGGUCCGUCUGCUCGUCGUAUGACGUGAAGUCGGGGCUGAAGAUAGCGGUGAAGAAGCUGUCGAGGCCGUUCCAGUCCGUCAUCCACGCUAAGAGGACCUACAGAGAACUACGACUCCUCAAACACAUGAAACACGAGAACGUGAUCGGCCUGUUGGAUGUGUUUACGCCCGCUACCAGCCUAGAGGAGUUCAACGAUGUGUACCUGGUGACCCACCUGAUGGGGGCGGACCUCAACAAUAUCGUCAAGUGUCAGAAACUGACGGACGACCACGUUCAGUUCCUCAUAUACCAGAUCCUCCGGGGUCUCAAGUAUAUCCAUUCAGCAGACAUCAUCCACAGAGAUCUGAAGCCCAGUAACUUGGCAGUGAAUGAGGACUGUGAGCUCAAGAUCCUGGACUUUGGUUUGGCGAGACACACUGAUGAUGAGAUGACGGGUUACGUAGCAACCAGGUGGUACCGCGCCCCAGAGAUCAUGCUUAACUGGAUGCACUACAACAUGACAGUUGACAUCUGGUCGGUGGGCUGCAUAAUGGCGGAGCUGCUAACCGGAAGGACGUUAUUCCCCGGCACCGAUCAUAUUAACCAGCUGCAGCAGAUCAUGAGGCUUACAGGUACACCCCCGGCCUCUGUCAUUAGCCGGAUGCCCAGCCACGAGGCCAGAAACUACAUUAACUCCCUUCCCCAGAUGCCCAAGAGGAACUUUGCUGAUGUGUUCAUUGGCGCUAACCCACUAGCGGUGGAUCUGUUAGAGAAGAUGUUGGUUCUGGACACUGAUCAGCGGAUCACAGCGUCAGAGGCCCUGGCCCACCCCUACUUCUCCCAGUACCACGACCCAGACGAUGAACCAGAGUCUGAGCCAUACGACCAGAGCUUUGAGAGCCGUGAGCUGGAGAUAGAGGAGUGGAAAAGGUUGACCUAUGAGGAGGUUUGCAGCUUCGAACCCCUGCCAUUCGACGGAGACGAGAUGGAGUCCUGAGGGAACUAGGGUGAAGUCAUUGAUAAUCUUGCUUCUGCCUUCUCCUUCUCUUAUGGAAUUGUGUUGAAGAGGAAGUGGCAUGUAGACAUUGAACUCGGACCAGUUAUGCGUUUCCUCCCCUAAUGGUUUAGGUUAGGAUCUGGGAGUAGGUUGAGCUUAUCUUAGAUCAGAAUUUAGAGGCAACUUCCUCCCAGAGUACACAACCUUGUGUGAGGACUAUCAACUCUCCGGACUAUUUAACAAACAAACAAAUGGGAAACCACGACAUUCAAGUGUCUGUCGUCGUUCAUUUCUGGGGUCAUUCUCGGUUUAGAGAUCAAGGGUUAAAGGUGACCGACCCCACCCUCCCGCUUGCUGUAUUAUAUUACAUUGUCUAUGUUUUGGUCUCUGGGCCGAACUGGGGAAAUUACUUUGUAAUAUUGUAUCUACUGUUUGUGUGUUUAGAAUAUCUGUUAAGUUAGCUUCAGAUUUUCACAUGAUUUGCUAAAAAGUAUCUUAUUUAAUAAAUUCCUGGAAAUGGUGCUCAGUUCAAUAUGGCAAAAACAAUCAACCACAUUAUUUAAUUUAACAAACCACUGGUACCUUCAAACAUUUAUUUAUGAUUUUAGGUUGGUAGUGUACAGCCAGAUGUUAUUUUACCUCCUUUUGGAUCAAAUUCAGUAGGAAUCCCAACAGUGUAAAUCACCUCUGCCCUUCUCUGACAAAAGUUCUGUCUCCACAGUCAAACUGUACUCUGUUGUUAUGCCUGCCAGUGUUUUACAUAUGUAAAUAAGGCUUCACUCUUGUAAAUAAAUGGUACUAUGCACACAGUAAUACUGCCGAGAAGUCGCUAUUAUAAUCGAGCACAUAGCCCUACCCACCCUUCUCUCACUGAUUAGAACACUGCCCCUAGUGACAGGAACUGUUUAGGAAUGACUGGCAGGUUCAAUGCCCAAUCAGGUGGAUUUUUCUUAGAAUGGUGUGUCCCUUAUGAGAAUGGCGAUACAACCGUUUGAUGUCCAUAUUUUCACUCUAAUUCAAUCACGCAGAAAGAGAGAGGGGGUAGAGGGCUGGGGAGUUUUGUAUUUGCUUAUCCUGCCCCUUUCAACUUAUUUCAUCUCUUUUUUUUCUACCCAUCUGUUUCUUUUUCACUCCGUCUUUGUAUCAUUGCCUCCUCGAACGCUUGUUACGCUGUCCUGUCCUCUGUUCUGUGUGUCGUCUAUUAGAAGCGAGGGGAGAGAUAUUAUGUCACUGUCACAAAAGGAUAUUUGUUAAAUCAAAUCCAAUUUUAUUUGUCACAUACACAUGGUUAGCAGAUGUUAAUGCGAGUGUAGCGAAAUGCUUGUGCUUCUAGUUCCGACAAUGCAGUAAUAACCAACGAGUAAUCUAACCUAACAA